AAAAUGUCCUAACUUUUCCCCUGUUUUAAACCUUGUUGAAUAAAGGUGCUGUGAACAACUCCACUAGUAUACUAAAAAUGCCUUCAUCUUUUCAUGUUUGUUGAUAACAAAAACAUUUACUUACAGUGUAUAGAUGCAAACUGUCCCUGACUGGAUGCGGUGAUCUGACGUCACCAAUAAUAAAGUCAUCCCGCCGCGUUUCAAACGAAGGGUGGCAGCGGAGUGAAUGUACAAUUGUAAUAUUAAGUAAAUAGCCCUGGCCCCUAUUGACUGAAGGUAACUGAGUGGUCGACUUGAAUGGCUCCUCAAAAACUUGUCAUCAAGUGUGGGAACGUCGCCGUGCUGGUGGACGUGCACGCACUGCCCCUGGGCGCCCGGGAAGAGGACACCAGCUGGUUGACUGCGGAGCACCUUGAGGAGGUAGCGGUGCUGGUUCAGGGUGCGGUGGAGCAGAGGGUGAAGCUGCAUGCCGAGCGCCUCCAUAAGCCGGCCAAGCACAGGAAGGAGCUGCUGCCCGCCAAGGCCUUUAGCGCUACUGGUACAAGCUUCAACCUGGUGGCGAAUUUUCUGAAGAGACAUUACAACCUCAGAUGUCUUGUAAAAGAUCGCUAUGGAGAGCUGCGUGUGUUUCCUGAGCGCGGCGUGGUGUGUGUGAGCCGUCCGGAGGAUGCCUCGGCGCGGCCCGGUAACCCGAACCAGGCGGCGAGCGAACGGGGCGAACAAAGCCGCUCAGAGUAUUUUUCCAGAGUGGGAGGAACCCAAGAGCCCCUCAACAGCUCCGUGAAAACAAAGAGGAGCGCACUUCAAAAGAUGGCCAGACACGUUGGUGUCAGAACAGAGAUCCGUGGCGCGGGGAGCUGGGGGGCAGUUCACACAGGAGACACUGCUGAGGGCCAGGGUGUGAAGCCUUGGGCUGGGGGGCACCCUGGGGUGAUGGAGGACCCUGGCCCUGGAAAGCCGCUGGGAGAGGUAGAGCACCCUGUGGAGGGAGGCCACCUUGAGGUGGGAGGGGGCCUUGGACAGCACCCUGAGGUGGGCAGGAACCCAGGGGUGGGACAGCACCCUGAGGUGGGCAGGAACCGAGGGGUGGGACAGCACCCUGCUGUGGGCAGGAACACUGGGAUGGGACAGCACCCUGAGGUGGGAGGUCAUCCUGGGGUGGCAGAGCACCCUGGACAGCACUCCGAGGUUGUCGGGAAUCCUGGGGUGGUGGAGGGCCCCGGACAGCACCCUAAGGUGGUAGAGCACACUGGCCCUGGACAGCACCCUAAGGUGGUAGAGCACACUGGCCCUGGACAGCACCCUAAGGUGGUAGAGCACACUGGCCCUGGACAGCACCCUAAGGUGGUAGAGCACACUGGCCCUGGACAGCACCCUAUGCUUGUCGAGCACCCUGAGCCUGAAUCCGUCCCUCCGGAGAAGGUAUCCAGUCCUGCAGAGAUCUCCGUCCCUGAGCAGCAGACCCGCCUUACCUCCCCAGUGGACCCCCAGGUCCAGGUGGUGGAGGAGAGGAGGAGCAGGAAGAGGAGGAACGCUCCCUCUGAGAAGGAGCCCCGGGCCAGACCCCACGGCGCCACCGCCUCCUCCUCCUCCUCCCAGCAGAAGCUGGCGCAGAAGACCCGAGGCGGCAAACGGGCCAAGGCCGGCAGCGUCACCGGGGAGCCCCUCACGCCCAGCGCCAAGAGGACGUGCCUCGGAGCCUCUCCAGGUGCGUCUCCGCCCCCGCAGCCCGCCAUCGCCGGCUCCUCCCAGGCCUCAGGUCGUGACCAUCUCCCUCCUCCUCCUCCUCCUCUUCCGUGCCCCCCGCCGCCGUCACCCCCUCCUCCCGCGGUGGAAGCCAAGGCAGCGUCUACGGCUUCCCCGGGCCCCGAAGAAACCACAGGGGAAGCGGAGCUGCUUACUCCAGGGAAACCGGCCUCCGGGCUCCCCGUCACCAGCAACGGCACCGCGGAGCAGGCAGACCAAAACAGGCCGGCCGCAAGUCUGAGGGGCCCGUCUGUCAGGCCCCCGUCCCCGGGCACGGCUAUUAGUUCCAGAUCCCCGCUCCGGGGGCAGCAGGGGAGAGAGAAUGUGGCCAGGACGUCCAGAAUGCGACGGCUGAGGAGGACCUGAGUGUGGGGUUACAGUGUCGCUGAUUGAUUCUGUAUGUUGUGGCAGUUAACAUGGUGUCAGGUUAGAUGUUAUCUCCUCCGUGUGUGUGUGUGUGUGUUUGUGUAUGUCUAAACUCUCACAGCCUACACACACUUGACAUAUAAUUGCAUUUUUUGCUUUUGUUAACCGUGCUUUGUGCGGAAUCCACUUACUUACACACACACAUACAGACGCACUUAUUCCCAUGUUGUUCUGAUCACUGUGCUUAUGCACGUACAUACUUGACACACUCCCCUCCUCACAUUCCAGCCCCUUCACUUAACCAGACAUGCACUCACACACAUACACAAACAAAUAAAAAUGCUUAACAUCUUGUGGAUAUCGAUACGUGACUGAGUUUUGCUUUUUGUCAAAUAGUUGAAAAGGCUUCUCGUCUCCACCCAGAUGUAGCGGUGGUCAGGAAGGGGCUUACGAAUUAAAGUGAAUAAAAACCUUUAAUUGGA